CCGGGCCGCGCCGCGCCGUGCCGUGAUGCUGCUGCUGCCGCGGGCGGGCGGCGCGGCGCGGGGCUGGGGCGGCGGGGCGGCGGGACGGUCCCCGCCGGCGCUGGCCGCCCUGUCCCAGGUGCUGCGGCUGGAGCGGAGCCGCCGCACCGGCGUCGUGUUCCCGCUGGAGAAGCUGGCGCGCUCCCUGGCUCCCGGCGCCGACACGGCGCGGUUCCGCCUCUUCCAGCCCGGCCUGGCCGCCCUGCAGCGCGCCGAGACGCUCUUCAGGUCCGGCCGCGACCACGCCAUCGACUACGUGAGCUCCGCCGUCCGCAUGGACCAUGCCCCGCCGCCGGCCCUGCCCGAGGUGUGCUUCAUCGGCCGAAGCAACGUGGGGAAAUCAUCUUUAAUCCGGGCCUUGUUUUCGCUGUCUCCAGAAGUGGAGGUCAGAGUGUCAAAAACUCCGGGCCACACCAAGAAGAUGAAUUUCUUCAAAGUAGGGAAGAAGUUUAUUCUGGUGGAUAUGCCAGGAUACGGCUACCGUGCCCCACAGGACUUUGUGGAGAUGGUGGAGGCCUAUCUGCAGGAACGGCACAACUUGAAGAGGACUUUUCUGUUAGUUGAUGGUGUAGUAGGACUCCAGAAAACAGAUCAUAUUGCAGUAGAUAUGCUGGAAGAGUUUGGGAUACCUUACGUGAUGGUGUUAACAAAAAUUGACCGAGCUUCCAGGGGAGCGUUGUUGAAGAACGUACUGGAGAUCCAGGAGUUUGUAAAGGAGAAAACUCAGGGAUGCUUUCCUCAGCUAUUCCUGGUCAGUUCUCUGGAGUUUUCAGGGGUUCACUUGCUAAGGUGUUUUGUAGCCCAUGUUACUGGAAACCUGCCUACUGUAGAUGCCAACUGAGAAGACUGACUCCUGAUCUGCUCAGCUCAUCCAGAACAAAAGGUGCAGCGUGAUAGCAUGCCUUGCAUACCUCGAGUUGUCCCUGUUCCAGGUGGAUGAAGGAAAGGACACAUCUUUAAUGGGAUCUGCUUUUUGAUUACUGUUGGCAUGGAACAAAAGACUGGCAUGUAGGGGAACUCUCUCCUUCUGCACUUUAUCAUCAGUCAGUGCUGCAGCUACCUCCUGUUUUAGAUCCAGCAUGAAGUUCUGCAGCUGCACUCAGAUGAACUGCCAGAGAUAGAGAUGAGACACACUGUCUGUUAUCUGCAUCCUGUUCUACCCUGGCAGCUGAAGUACAAUACUGAUGUCCCAUACUCGUCAGGGGCACUGUAACAACAGCUGGCAGAACUGUGUCCUGCAGCAGCUAAAGAGCACCUGAAGUUGGCUCAUUACAAGGCACAGAAUUAGAGGGGGGAAAAAAAAAAAAAAAGCCUGCCAUCAAUAGCAGUAGUUGUUAAAAGAGAAUUUAGCCCAAAGCUGUUAAGUGCCUAUGUCAAACUCUAGCACUCAGUCUUGUCAUGUCUUAACAUUGUCAAAUGUGUGUAUGCAGUUGUCAAAAGUUACUUAAAUUAAGUGUUUAAACCUCAAGAAAAGGCAGGUCUUUUGUGAACCACUCUGAGGUAUUUUUAGUGUUUUGUUUCAUUAUGGAAUUUUUUGUAACUCUUAAGAUUAAACAUGAGGCGAGGUC